AUGACAAGUUCCACUCUGAAACUCGAACCAUUGACUCUAGAGGACGUUGGUGCCCUCUCGGAGUUAUGGUUCGCUGCAUUUACCGACCCCUCCAUGACCGAGGUCUUCCCAAACACACCAGGUGUACGGGAAUGGCUGGAAAAUGCGAGUCGCGAGGACUUGGCCAAUAAGCCUUUUCAAAAAUACGUUAAAAUCGUGGACACGGAAGCGGUGGAUUCGCAAGGUCGACCUCGUGUAGCGGCUUUUGCUAAAUGGGACCUGGCAAUGCCUGAGGAAAGAGGACGACGUUGGCCACCAUGGCACGAGGAUAUGAAAGGCGAUACCGCCGAGAAAUUCUUCCAAAUAUUAGAGGGCAAUCGAACGCGGGUUAUGGGUGAUCAAAAACACUUCUGUAUGGCUUGGCAUACCCCUUUACUGCACAUGCACUGGAACCAUGUACUGACGAUGUGUGGACAGACCUGGAUACCCUUGCUACACACCCCGAUUACCAACGACGGGGAUGUGGCUCGAGGCUUGUUCAAUGGGGCUGCGAUUUGGCAGACGCUGAGGGGGGUCAGUGCGUAUGUUGAUGCGAGCAAGGAUGGUGCGCCUUUAUAUGCGAAACAUGGGUUUGUGGAUCAUAGUAAUCCAGGGGAGCAUGUUGCUUCAAUGGCGCGCUUUGUCAAGGCUGAGUAG